AUGGUCACGGAACAUGGGCCCCUUCGAUAUCCGCCUCAGGGUCCGAUGGGCAACAACCAUGAUCCCUCAAAUCGGCGCCGGAUCCCUAAUCCUCCUCGUCUCGAUCCUUUAAGAAUCAAUCCUCCCUAUCCUCGACCCUCAACUGCCGACGGGCUCCGUCCUCCGCAAUCCUACUACCGCGCAGCUCCCUCUCCGCAUCCUCAUCGUUCUCCAAGAAAAUACCCUGCAUACCCUCCCCGACUCGACUCCGCCCCACGCGCCGUUUCACCUCUCUCCCCUCGAUUAUGGGUCGACGACGACUCUCCGAUCAACAGACCUACAUACCACAAAGCCCCGUCACCCACAUCCUCAAGAUCUCCGCAUGAGCGUCGGACGAAACCGGCCCCAGCGAAUGGGGAGCUCGAACGAUCCCCUCGUCAGAGAACACCACCAAACCCGACGGAUCUCCCGCUCUCUAUUUCUACGUCUAGGCUCGAAAACAAGCGGUCCAGACCUUAUCUUGCACACACCCCUAGCCCUCAUGGACUCGCAUUGCCGCGCAGCCCCUACAACACUCGGCCAUCUGACCCGUACGGCGACGAAGUGCUCCGAUCAAGCGUGAAUUCUGCUAUGACGUCGCGCUCGAGUAUUGAGCAUGCGAGCGGAACAGAGCGAAGCAGCGUAUUGACAAAAAGCAGCUCAAUCACCGACCUGUCUCCAGACACACCAGAUGGUUCAUAUGAUAAGGACGAAGGAAUGAGCGUCGAAGAUGCUAUCUCCAUGUACUUGGAUGGCUUUAGCGAUGUGACAGAAGAGCCAGGAUCACCGGAUUUGUUAGAUGACAGCAAGUUGAAAGCAUUGAACCCCGUACCGCCUGCCGAACUUAUGCUGGAUGGGCCUGAACUCGAACCUACUGACAACGACUUCCCGCCCCGGACAACCUCUCAAUCAGAUUUCCGCAACCAUGUUCCAUCAUCAGAAUACCCAGUAAAAGAGGCCUGGUCAGAUGAUGAAUCAUUUGAUCAGCCUCUAGUCGAACCUGUCGACAAGCCUCUGGAGCAAACACAAGAAUCCUCGCAAUCACAAGAACCGUCACAACCACAAUUGAACGGACCCGACCAAAACCUGUUGAAUAAACAGUUCCUAGGGGAGUCACAUUCGGACGCGGACUCGCUAGACGAGCCUUCAGCAGAGCCAGAACCAGAGCCAGAGCCGGCCUCACCGACUCAACCUCCCCCUACUCCUCGAUCAGCGGAGACAAAGAUUAUGCUUCCUGGUGUUGUACCUCCUCCAUUGGCCAUUGCUACUGAAACAAGAGACUGCUAUGGGUUCCGCAAGACCACUUCAUAUGUCACUCUGCAGCAGUACGAGGCUUGGAGCGGUUCAUACGCCGAAUUUGCUGCAAACCGAAGAAUAAAAUGGGCCGAAUUGCUCAGUGAGAACGGUCUACCUUCGACCAAUCCCACGACGUUUCCCCCCAAAUCCUCGAAAGUGAAGCGCUUUGUACGGAAAGGCAUUCCACCUGAGCUUCGAGGCGCAGCCUGGUUUUGGUAUGCCGGCGGCUAUGAGCACUUGAACCGAAACCCUGGGCUGUAUGAUCAACUGGUCCAGCAGGUGAUGAAUUCGCCAAGCAACGAUGAUAAGGAACACAUUGAGCGCGACUUGCAUCGCACCUUUCCGGACAACAUCCACUUUAAGCCUGAACAAACAGGCCAAACAAAUGGAAAUCCAGGUCAGAGUGUGGUGGUGGAGACGGAGAUGAUCCGAUCGCUCCGCCGUGUCCUCUAUGCUUUUGCUGCUCACAACCCUCAGAUUGGGUACACACAGUCACUGAAUUUUAUCACUGGACUACUCCUGCUUUUUCUCUCCGAGGAGAAGACGUUUUGGAUGCUGCACAUCAUCACAUCCGUUUAUCUUCCAAGCACCCACGAGAUUAGUCUCGAAGGGGCCAAUGUCGAUCUCUGGAUUCUCAUGGUGCUCUUGAAAGAGUCGCUCCCAAAUGUUUACAACAAAAUUGCGGGCACGGGGAGCAGAUCCAGGAGUGCACCACUUUCUGUAAAUUCCCGGUUGCCUGAUAUCACCCUUGGCCUGACAAAUUGGCUUAUGUCAGUGUUCAUCGGCACGUUGCCUCUUGAGACAACGUUGCGCGUCUGGGAUGUUUUCUUCUACGAAGGAUCGAAAACGUUCUUCCGGGUAUCCAUGGGAUUGUUCAAGGCUUGCGAGAAGGAAAUUAUGGCCGUGUCCGACCCGAUGGAAGUCUUCCAAGUGGUGCAGACCGUGCCCAAGAGGCUGCUAGAUGCAAACAUCCUCCUUGAAGAGAGCUUUACCCGGCGAAACCGCGUUGGGCAGGGUCGCAUCGAAGAGCUAAGGGCAGCGCGCCGAACAGCCGUUCGUCAGGAGAAACUUCGAAGAUCACAAGCCCUGAGCAAGGGUCAGAUCCACGCAGCAACGGACGAGUGGCCGACGAGAUCUCGGACGCCCAUCCCCGGACUCGAGCGCACUUUUGCCGACUCGUGGCGUCAGAUGAGGAACCAUGCGUUCCGGUGA